AUGGAGGACUCAUCGACUGCUCUGCAAAUACAUGAUGGAGAAACAGAAGAUGGCGAAAAGUCAACUGAAAAUGGCGGCGGCGCUGGGCAGAUUCGCUCAAUCCACAAAUUAACGCGCCGAGGGCACACCAAAUCGAGGAGAGGAUGCUUAACUUGCAAGCGGAGGAGGGUCAAAUGCCCAGAAGACCAGCCCGCAUGCAGCAGUUGUGUACGACUCGGUUUGAUUUGCGAAUAUCCACUUAAGAAUAAUCCAUCUGCUCCCCUACAAUCGACGGGGGGCCAGUUCAACUUGAAGGACCUCAGGCUGUUCCAUCAUUUUAUCCUCCACGCAUACCCACCACUUCCGCUACACGGCAAAGCUGUGUGGGACGAUAUAACAUCAUAUUCUCAUAAUUAUGAGUUUCUCGUCCAUUCUAUGCUUGGCCUCGCGGCCUCGCAUCUUUGUCUUAAUGGCGGUGGAGACCACGAAGCUGAGGCUCUAGAACAUCGCAUCAAGUCGAUCAAGCUGUUGAACCAAGCACUAUGCAAACCUCCAACCUCAAAGACUGAGAGUGAUGCUAGGUUCUCCACACUCAUGGUGCUUACAUUCCAGUCAUCCUACAUGCCAGAUGGGAUGCUGGAGAUAUUUCAUAUGAUCCGCGGCUGCAUGAUCCUGACCAAAUCCACGCUGCCGAAGUAUGCCAUGUCUUUAUUUACAAAAUUUGCCUCGGGGGGAGUUGACAAGAAACUCCAUGAAGUCACAGAACACAUUUCACAGCCAACGUCUUUGUUUCUUAUCAAUGCUUGGGCCUCACUCGAAUCAUUGCGGGAUCUGUGUCGCACCAAGUUUGAGAAACAAUAUCUCGGUAUUUUGGAAAACCUCGUGAACAUGGCCUCAGUCUCCAACAUGGAUACGUUGUUGGCAAUCUCGUCUGCAUAUAAUGUAUUUGGAGAGCCGGACCAAGCUGAUUUUAAUAAUUUCAUGGAUAGCCAAAACCACGUCGCUCAACUAUUGGUGGCUCAUUUCUUUAUACUUGAGUAUGUAAUUGGGCGAAAAGUACUUACCCCAUUCAUGUCAGCCUUCUCCUUCAGAGAAACUAUGCUACGGACAUGGAUAACGAGACUUUCUCCAAAGCUGGCUCCGGAGCAUGCCUCAUACUUGGAUUGGCCACUGCGAAUGCUGGAUAUGAUGGAGCUGGCUUACCUGGAUCUUCCAGAUAUCCCAAACUUGAGGAUAUCAGACUGA